AUGGCCUCACUCAACACUCUCCCGAACGAGAUGCUCGCAGAAUGCGGUGCACUCUGCGACAUAUCCAGCCUCGCUUCACUUGCACGCACCAGCCGCCACUUCAAUGCCGUAUUCGCUCCGAUCCUUUACAGGCGCGCAUUGUUCACCGAACCCCCUAGCCGGCCCAUCAUCUUUGAAGCCGCAGAAAGUGGCAAUAUAGCCACCAUCGAGCUUGCGCUUUAUCAUGGCGCUGACAUUAAUACGGUGUCUGAGGAGAUUUUCAACAAGUAUACCCAGAGACGGAAGGAGAAAGAAAUCAAACAAGAGGCCACGGCCCUGCAUGUCGCAUGCUACAACGGGCAAGUUCAUAUAGUUAAGUUUCUUCUCGAAGCCAAGGCGGAUGUCCACUUUCCCAGCAGCGCCCAUUACACUCCGUUUUACUUUGCUAUGCGACUUCAAGGACCGGAACGCAAAGCCAUCACCGAACUUCUUAUCCGAAAUGGAACCCAAUUUUCGUCAAGGAGCCCGGAUAGAUUGACACUACAUGCAGCCAUCAAGGCAAGCUUCUGGCCAGUAGUCGACACCAUUCUCUUGAACCGCCACUUCUCCGCCGGGCCUCACGGUCACUUAAUGAGCAACAUGGCUGAAGCGGUCUCAGCAAGAGGGGGCUACAAUGUUCUGCAUUUCAUCUCGCUCAGUGGCGACUCCAAGGGCAUCUCAGACAUGGUUCCCAAGCUGGUAACUUCAGGAGCACGACUAGACCAUGUUGCCGAAGGUUGGAACCGACCACCUGGUCGUAACGCUGGCACUCCCCUGAUAUACGCCGUGAAGACGCAGAACUGGGCUGCUGCCACAGCUCUCGUGAAAGCUGGGGCGGAGCUAGAUUCGACAGCCAACCCCGAGAAGCGAGAAAUUGCUCUGGAAAUCGCCUUGAGCCACCCGUUGCAGCUACCCACAGACGAUAUGCGCCCCCUAGACGAGCUCAGACGCGACCACGAGCUGCAUCAGGAGAUGGAACUCAUUGAACAUCGGCCUACCACGCUGCAAAGAGGUUGGCAGGGGACACCCCUUUGGUACGCAGCGGAACGCGCUGCCGAUUACGAAUGUAUGAAAAUCUUACUCGAGGGCUCUGCCUCCCCUCACGCCACGGUCAAGCGAAUGGUGGUAGUCAACGAAGACGAAGAUGGCGGCUUCGAACAUGAAAGGAUGGCCGAGGUGACGAUUCUGCGUGGUUUGCUCCCGCCUUUUCCCUCUCCCUUUCCCCCCUCAAGAGAUGCCGAAAUUCAACUAGAGGAACGGAUACAACUCCUCAUUGAGCACGGGGCUCGUCUCGACUCCGAGGUUGACCAGGUCAAUGUUUCAUCAUCGGUAGCUUCAUCCUCGACCGUGUUGGAUACGGCAUGUGCGAGUUGCCGAGACGAGGGAGAGAACUGGCUCUUUGAUGUCAUCCUGAGAAGUGCAACAAAUCACAAUGUGAGCCUCGAGCACGUCGCUGAAAUGGAACACAAAUAUGAUGGCGAAAUGUCUGUUCUCGGGAAUCUCGAAGAUUUGCGCCGAAGACUUAACUGA